UGAGGCUCUGUGGUUAUAAGUUUGCAUAGUGCUUAUAAAAAAAACUAUGCAGCAGUGCUGAUUAGAUUAGAGCAAUAGCUGGAUGAUAAAUGCAUGGUUUCUUAGCUUGUGUAGUUCAUUAGAAGUGAUGUGCACUCCUUCAGCCAAUGCUACACCCAUGUGGGUGGAGUUUGUGGGUGAUGAUUGACAGCCCAAGCUUGGUUUUUUAAGACAGAGGUGCUCACACAAAAGUACACACCUCCUUCAUGCACAGGCGAUAGAUGCACACACAGUUUGUCUCACGGCAGGACCUGCACCAUGAGCUGUGACCAGAACUACCCGUUGCCUCAGGUGUUUAUAGUGGAUGGAGGUGGAGGUCAGCAGCACGCCGACCAGCCACCGAGUCUGGUACCCUGCUGGUCCUUCCCGCCUCCCCAGGAGAGGGUGAGGAGUCGUGGGAAAAGUCCAGGCUGCAUGGGAGUCAGCUACUGCUCAGCCCUGACCGUGCUGAUGCUGUUCCUGCUGGUGUUUACAGCCCUGGGGUUCGAAGCCUACCAGAUCCACAACAUGCAGGAAGAACUGAAGGACCUGAGAAACCAAGGGGGGCAGUUCGAACCUGUGACUGAGUUUAAUGCACCUCAGAAGCAAAUUGGAUUUGGACCUGAGUUGAAAAAAGAGGAUGACAGACCUGCAGCACAUGUGAUAGGGAGGAUUGAAAUACACCCACGGAAGACUUUGCGGUGGGAUCCACGAGUGGGCCGGGCGUUCGUAUCUGGUGCAGUGGCGUACAGGUAUGAAGAUGGCGCCCUGCAAGUCAACGAGACCGGACUCUACCACGUUUACUCCAGAGUGGAGCUGAUCUUCAGGGCCUGCACUCCUGCAUCUUCAUUCAUUCACACUGUGUUUGUGAGGACAUCGGGGCGCUCCACUCCUAUGACCCUGAUGGAGGCCCACAGAGAGGGUUUCUGCUCUCUGCAGCAGAAACACGCCUGGACCACGGAGAGCUACCUCGGCUCCGCCCUGCAUCUGGAGAAAUCCGACAAAGUUUAUGUGAAUGUAUCUCAUCCCGAUUAUCUGACUCAUGCACAUUAUGCCAACUUCUUCGGUCUCUACAAGAUCUGAAGUCUUUAGUGUCGUAAUUUCACUCCAAUGAGAGAAUGUGACCUGGUCUGAAUCUUACUCAUCAUGUUGAAUGUGAUUGCUAUAAUGAAUGGCAUUAUAUAAAAUGGCCUGCACUGGUAAAAACUCAGGGAACUGAUUUACAAAUCGGUGGUUAAAUUAAUUGAAGCAGUUUCUAAACAGAUAUUGUGCCUUUUAUAAAUGUUAAGUCAGUUAACACUAACAUGCUAAUUUAGUUGUAGCAUUUUUAAAAUAUUUAUUUGAGUGUAAAUCUGACAUGUAUCAUAUCUAAAUGUGUGAAUAAAAGUGGUUUAUGGAGGUUGUUUGGACGGAAAUAAAGAGAUAAUUUAAGUUUUCAUGUGGUGAAACUGAGAAGUGCUUUGUUAGUAAAAUCUGAGAAGGGUUUCUAUGGGU